AAGGAAAGUAGACAGAGGCUUGCCAUCUAUAGUUGGAUGGACAACUCAGAAUCUCAACAAAAGGGAAAAGGAAGAGAUAGAAAGUGGAGGGUUUGGAUUUGGAUACAUAGAUGAACCAAAUCAAGGAACUCUUACAAUUCCAAAUCUGAUUCAGAAUGAAGAGAAUAAGAAAAACGAGGAAGAAUGCAGUGAGCAAGCAGAUAAGGAUAUCAUGAAGGAAUUCGCUUCAGCAGCAAAGCAUUUGGCAGAUAGCAUAGCAAACUUUGAUGAAAAGUUUCAAGAAGCUGCGAAGGUGUUGCCUGAUGAUGAAAAAAUGAAGGUUUUGCUAGGUAAAGUGCAUGGACUCUUCAACACAUACUCAACAGAGCCACAAACAAUUGAAAAAGAAAUAAGAAUGACUCCUGAUGAUGAGUUUUGGACUGAAGAGGUUUUAAAGGCAGUUGAAGCUAUUGAAAAAGCUCAGAAAAAAAGGAAUGAUAGGCCUACAUUAAUACAAUACGAAAAGCCCAGUUUCACACUGCUUUCACAAGAGUCAAAUGAGCAUGCAGGUGGCCAGGAAGAUGAAGAACAGAGAGAUGAGCAUGUAUAUGCAGUUGCUGAGCAUCAAGAGGAGCUUGAUGAGCAACACAAUGAAGCUCAGGUAGAUAAUGAAGAGGAUGUGAUAAUAAACGCAAGUGAAGCUAUUCCUGUGACUGAAUUAAAAGAGCAUGAUAGAAUAAAGGCAUCUGAAAAGGGAAAGCAAGCUUGUUUUGAAGGAGAGGGCCAAUGUGGUGCACAUGUGGAAAGAGAAAAAAGACAAGUAAUGCCUGGCCCUGCUCUCAAGUCUCCAUACGUGAUCAGAAUUACAGAAAUGAAGGCAGGAACAACUACUGAAGAAGUCAAACUAGCUAAAUUUGUGUUUGAAGAGAACUCUGAUAAAUCGGUUGUGCUCUAUAAAGAUGGAAAUCUGAUUGUUUCAAGAAAGGAGAUGGAG